ACUUGAUGAAUGCUGGUGUGUGUUAGUCUGUGACAUUUGGUGGUGAGAACAGUACUAGUGGUGUGAAUAAAUGGUUUGCAAAACUGACAGAUUGACUGAACACAUCAAUUCCAGAAAGAGUCCGGCUACAGCCUUGCGGGAGCCUGCGGUCAGACCGUCCCUUUCAUCAGUUAUGACGACGAUGAAUCAGAUUUCUGGGACGACGGUGACGACAAGUUUUGAAGAACCUGAUUAUGAAACGUCGCUCGCUGGAGUGAAUGGAGAACAGGAUCAGCGGAAGAAGCAACUAAGGGAGGCGCGGCUGAGGGAGAUGCUAGCAACAGAACAAGAGUAUGUGAGAGACCUGGAGACCCUCCUGCUGGUGGUCAACCUUACCUCAGCCAAGACCAGCUUCCGCGCUAUUGACUUCAGUGUGCUCCUUGGCAACAUUCAAGAAGUGUUGGAGGUGGCCAAGAGGCUGAUGGAGACGCUGGAGAGUGAACAGCAGAACAUGGAGGAGCAGGCUCAGGUAGGAGAGGUGUUCCUCCAGUUUGCCAGCGAGCUGUGUCAGGUGUACAAGACCUAUUGCUCCACCUACAGCGUCGAGGUCCUGCCUCUGCUGAAGAAGUACGAGUCGUGCGAGGCCGCCACGGAGGAGCUAGGGAGGCUGGCCCAGGAGCUGCACCUCAAGCGUCCUCACCUCCUCACUCUAAAUACGGCACUCAUCAAACCCGUCCAGCGCAUCCUCAAGUAUCCACUGUAUUUGUCGAAGCUUAUGGAAAGCACUGAGAGCAGCCACCCUGACUACUGCAACCUACACAAGGCUCUCGUGUGUCUCGAAGAAGCCUCAAGAGACGUCAAUGAGUAUACCAGGAGCCUCAACCUCGUGUACAAGUACCGAGGUGAUGUAGAUCAUUCACUGCACGCUAAGAUGCGUCGAGUCAGCCUACACUCCAUCGCGAAGAAAUCUGCCAGGAUGUCCACCAUCUUCUCCCAAAAGCUGGGCAUCAUCAGCAAGACUUCCAGCACAGAAUUCGACGAGAUAGUGGUUCAUUUCCGCAGUAUUGAGCGGGCGGCAGAAGUUAUUGUGACUGAGGUUACUUCCCUCCUGGAGGCUGUGAGAGCCAGACACACGGAAGAGAUGCUGCUAUCCGAGGGUCUGGUUGAUCUCUUGCCCAAUGUUCGUCAUGUCCAAGCCAUCCAGGAAGCAACACUCGACUCUUGCAAUAGGGCCCUCAGAAUGUUUGAUUACGAGAUACAGGAGCGGGUGUUACAGCCGGCGACGCAGGUGGUGACGCUGUGUGGAGCGCCAGCUAGACUCAUUCAUAAGCGUCAUCACAAGAAACUUGACUAUGACGCUGCCCAGGCCAGAGUGCAGCUGACCAGUGAUACCAACAUCGCUAAUGCAGAGAAUGAUGAUGAGGAUGUGCAAGCAAUACGCGAGUACCAGUCACUUCACACGCUACUGAUGGAGGAGCUUCCUAUCCUGACCCAACAUGCCACAAAGAUCCUCACGCUUGCUACUCGCUCACUCGCUGCCUCCCGCCUCUACCUCCAGGGGCAUCUUGCUAAGCUCUACCUCACGCUGGCACAGGACCCACUGUUGGGGUACAUCAGCCUCAAGGAGGCACAGGAGAGAGCCAAGCAACAGGUGGAACAGCUGCGGCUGCUGCUGCCUCACGACUACCAGAAGAAACACACUAAAGAACAUCGCACAGGCAAGACACUCGACGUCACUAAAGUGAAAGCUAAGGCGCGGUUGUCUCUUCUGGAUGUCCGGGGCAAGGAGCUGCUGCAGGCGAGGACGAGUGCUCCAGCACCUCCUCUAGUUACCAAUUCGUACCAUCCAGAGGACGUAAGAGUUACCCUGCCAACACCCUUCACAGGGAGUGAAAUGGAUGCGAAUAGCAUAAAAUGGAUUUUAAACAAAUACAGUUUUUCAACUUCCCGUCAGAAUGCAAGAGAUAUAAUCAACAGCUAUCCAGUGGACAGCUUAUACUUGGUGAAGGAGGCCCACACCGCUACCCAGGACAACGAAAUUACCCUCCAGCCACUCCAGGUAGUGGCUCUCCUAAAGAAAGCUGACCCCAGUGGCGGUACUACCCGCUGGGUGAUCGACGAUGGAGAGAACGUGGGCUUAGUCAGACCAUCCUGUUUAAGACCCUUGGAAACUCCCAACGAGUGGAAUGAAACGAACACCGCAGCGCCCCUCAAUAUUCUGCCCACCGCAGCCUCAAGGAAAUCUCAACAUCUCCAGGGAAGACAGGGACUACACCCUGAGUCCCAGUUCAAAAAUUCUCCCUCUAUCCGAAGUCCUGUUUCUGGCUCUCAGUUGCAAGUCCUCAGCCCUGUUUCUGGUUCUCAGUCCCAAGUCCUCAACCCUGUUUCUGGUUCUAAGUCCCAAGUCCUCAGCCCUGUUUCUGGUUCUCAGUCCCAAGUCCUCAGCCCUGUUUCUGGUUCUAAGUCCCAAGUCCUCAACCCUGUUUCUGGUUCUAAGUCCCAAGUCCUCAACCCUGUUUCUGGUUCUAAGUCCCAAGUCCUCAACCCUGUUUCUGGUUCUAAGUCCCAAGUCCUCAGCCCUGUUUCUGGUCUAAGUCCCAAGUCCUCAACCCGUGUUUCUGGUUCUAAGUCCCAAGUCCUCAGCCCUGUUUCUGGUUCUCAGUCCCAAGUCCUCAGCCCUGUUUCUGGUUCUCAGUCCCAAGAACUUUUCUCUCACUCUCCAGCCAGUCACCCUCAAUUUUCUCAGACCACAACCAACCCCUCCCAUCAUUAUCCUCACACCCCACGCUCGCCAGGGUCACGGAGUCUCUCCAUAGCCAGAAGAGCAACAUCCUCUGACAACUCUGAUAUCGGAGACGACGACGAUACCGAUAAAACAACGGGCAAUAAUAUUUGUGAUGAACAGCAAAUUGGAGAGUACUCUGCCUAUAACGACCAGGAAUACGUGGUUCUUUAUAACUUCGAGGGUAGCGAUGAAAAACAGUUGGAUCUACAUCGGGGCCAGCUGGUUCAAGCCAUUUGUAGAGAGAGCCCAGACUGGUGGUACGUGGAGGAUGCUCAUGGCAAUCAGGGAUACGUUCCAGCAACAUACCUACACAAGUCUGAGGGCAGCUAAGAAAUAAGCGACUCCUAGCAUCAACAAGUGUACACCCAUCUUCCAGGAACCUACAAGCAUCUCCAAAGUACAAGUAACCUGUAAAAUCCGAAAGCUGACCUCCAAAAUAUUGUAUUCAGCCUUCAAAAUUGAAAAAUUAGCCUAGUCAGGGAAAAUUUUUAGUAGUGCAAAAUGCAGCUUUCAGUCGAUAUGAAUCAGCAAAAACUGUUCCACUAGACUUUCCGUCAAUAAUAGUCUGUUCUUGUUACAUGUUUAACACAAAGUUGCUUCAACUGAACGGCAAUCAGCAGCCACUACUGGGAAUAAUACUUGGACUAUACCAGUUCAAGGCCACUGCCAGUGUCUUACGUAAGAACAUAAGAAAGGAGGAUCACUGUAGCAGGCCUGUUGGCCCAUACUAGGCAGGUCCUUUACAAUCCAUCCCUCUAACAAAACAUUUAAGAACAUAAGAAAGGAGGAUCACUGCAGCAGGCCUGUUGGCCCAUGCUCGGCAGGUCCUUUGCAAUUCAUCCCACUAACGAAACAUUUUCCCAACCCAAUCCUCAAUGCUACCCAAGACAUAAGCUCUGAUAACAUAAGAAUAAGCUCUGAUGACAUAAGACUUAUUAUACAGAACUAUGCACAAUCGUAAAAUUAACAAGUUACUACACGACCCUUACUACUACUGUUGUUACUGUAACUGUUGCUUGAUUUACUUAUUAACAAUAAUAAAUUAUAUAAAAUUUAUUUAACAGUGAUUAGUGUUUGGCAGCGGUCGUGCCUGAGUAUUAUAACGAGUCGCAGUCUGUUCGAACACAACGUAAAUCGAAAACACUUUAGCUUAAAUAUUUUUCAGACCGAAAUUUGUUACGCUAAGGAAUUAAAAUAUGCACGAUAAAGUCAUGAAAAUGGCUAUGUGAUCUUUAUCACCUCUUUUCUCACUUAUCUAUCCUGGCUUGUACAGUAACUCUUUACAAUAUCUCGCGAUUAAACCCGAGUAUUCUGCUAUUGCAAAAAAAAAAAAAAAUCUAUAACAGUAUAACCAUAUUAAGAGUACGGUACUUUGACAGCAUAGAUCACUCACACACAAGGAUAAAAUUAACUAUUAAUAAAGGCAGCAAGUACUCAACACGAAUAUCAUUGUGUCAAAAGCCUCUUCUAAAAGUUCCCAGAGGUCCGUACAGGCACCUCUGUAAUUAUAAAACCAACGAAAGUGAAAAGACCUGAGCAGAGAGCAAACUUAAAAUAAUGCUCCGCAGUCAGCAGCACGUCACAAGCUGCAGAAAGAGGGUCAGGAACUCCUGAGAUAAGGUGACGACAGGCGAGAGGUGUGCGCAGGAGCCAGAUUACGAAAAUUACAUAUUUCCGGUACAGCCAGAGACCCUCUUCAUGUGGUUCAGAGUAUUUCUAGCACCAUCGAAAAUAUUUAUGAUUCCCCCUCCCCCCAUUCCUCGAGGGAGGGGGAUCUUGAUACCAGUAAGGGCUCUUGACCUCAGAGCUAAACAUUUUCUUUCUGACCAUAGAUCGGCACUGAAUGUCUACUUCCUAGGCGCACUAUGACCCUUAUGGGUUCAGUGCUUCCCCCUAAUUAGGAUAAAUAGUGGUGUUUCCCUACUGUUGAACGAGGAUUAUGCAUAUAGAUGCAUCGUACGGUCAGUGUAUAGUUUCCUCAACUUCAAGUAUACUCCCCAAUGAACUUAUUAUGUUAAUAGUUCUGGGGAUCAUCGCCCCCCGUGGCUCGGUCUCGCGCCACUAGGCUGGAAUACUGCUGUACAUUAACAUCCCCAUUCAAGGCAGGUGAAACUGCAGAUCUGGAGAAUGUACAGAGAACCUUUACUGAUCGUAUAACUACUGGGAACGCCUGGAAGCACUUGACUUGUACUCACUGGAGCGCAGGCGAGAGUUACACCAAUACAUAAAGGUGGUGACCCUACAGAUUUAAACAACUAUAGGCCAAUAUCAAACUUACCAUUGCUAUCCAAAAUCUUUGAGAAACUCGUGCACAGGAGACUAUAUUCAUUUAUAACGUCACAAAACAUACUCAACCCCUGCCAAUUUGGAUUCAGGAAAAAUAAAAGCACUAACGAUGCAAUUAUAAAAAUGCUAGAUCUGCUUUACACAGCAUUGGAAAAUAAGGAAUAUCCACUAGGAAUUUUUAUUGACCUAAGAAAAGCUUUUGACACAGUAGACCAUGACAUCCUACUCCACAAACUUGACCAUUACGGUAUAAGAGGCCAUGCGCUUGCAUAUUUCAAAUCUUACCUUACUAAUAGGUAUCAGUAUGUCACCAUUAAAGACACAGCAUCAACAACACAGCCACUUGAUACUGGAGUUCCGCAGGGAAGUGUCCUUGGUCCCCUGCUCUUCCUCAUAUACAUCAAUGAUCUUCCAAACGUAUCACGACACCUGAACCCCAUUCUCUUUGCUGACGACACGACUUAUGUCAUCUCUCACCCUAAUCUUGCAACCCUCAACACCAUUGUUAAUGAGGAGCUGAUCAAAAUAUCGACUUGGAUGACAGCCAAUAAACUUACGCUUAACGUUGACAAAACCUACUACAUUAUGUUUGGUAGCAGAGCAGGAGAUGCGCAAAUUGACAUUAAGAUCGACAACACUCUAAUUACCAGACAUAAUGAGGGCAAAUUCCUAGGCCUAUACCUCGACAACAACCUUAACUUCAGCACCCAUAUCCAACACAUAACCAAAAAAGUAUCCAAAACGGUUGGGAUCCUCUCCAAGAUACGAUACUACGUGCCGCAAACUGCCCUUCUCACACUAUACCAUUCACUUAUAUAUCCAUACCUCACCUAUGCUAUCUGUGCUUGGGGUUCAACUGCAGCAACACACCUAAAGCCAAUAAUAACCCAACAAAAAGCCGCAGUAAGAAUAAUCACUAAAUCCCAUCCCUGGCAACACCCCCCCCCCACUCUUCAUAGAUCUAAACUUACUCCCUGUUCAGUACAUCCACACUUACUACUGUGCAAUCUACAUCUACAGGACCUUAAAUUCCAAUAUUAACCUUGACCUAAAACGCUUUCUUUAUAGUUGUGACAGAACCCACAGGCACAACACCAGACACAAACAUCUCUAUGACAUUCCCCGUGUCCGACUAAACCUUUACAAAAAUUCAAUGUAUGUCAAAGGCCCUAAAAUCUGGAACACCCUACCUGAAAAUUCCAAAACUGCAGACACAUUCAUCACCUUCAAAACUACCAUCAGAAAACAUUUUAUCUCCCUGAUACACCCUGUCAACUAAUAAUAUGAAUACCACCUGGUGGUUCACACUUACACUCACUCACCCAUUUGACCAUAAACAGAAAUAUCAAUCUCAAUCUCAAAAUAAUGAAUCUUAACUAGUCAUAAGUUGGCCUGUGAUACUCCAAUACUGAAACUACGUAUAGUGCCAAAACAAAAGCAUUCACAUUGCUAAACUCACAACUAGUAUUUAGUCACUUAGCCAUAAUACCAACUUAUCUCAUAAUUUUGUAACAUUUUAAACCUAAGAUUUAAUAUAAGUCUGCCCGAAAUGCCUAGCCAUGCUAGGCGUUCUAGUGGUACACUCUGUAAUUAUUAUUUUACUACAUGUAAACCACACAAUAACCAAAUUCUGUAAACUCAGCAUUGUAAUACUUAUGGAGAAUAGUUUGAAUUUGAAUUUGAGUAAUUCAAAUGCACAGAUUCGGCUCUUGACUCUUGCUCUGGCAAGUCAUAGCAGCUCUGGCUCUUCUUGUACAGUCUCCGUACGAUCCCCGUUGGGGACGGGAACCUAUACAUUCGUCUUCAUCCUUGAUUGGGCACCACGAUGAGCUAUGCAAAUCGUGUCAAAAUCUAACCCAACAGCGGUACUUUGAAUGAUUCUUCGAAACUUGCUCUUGCAGCCGCCGUUCGGGGUGGGCUGCAGGUGAAGUUCAACACCAUAUUGACACUCAAGGAGGCCUUCAUUGUCGUGUGUAACGACGAUGUGGAAGCUGAGAAGUUAGUUACUACUCUCCAGCUCUCAGGGCAAGGAGAUCAGUAUUCCUCGAGAAACUAGAUAAGCUUCUCACUUCACAUCCAGUCGCUGAACUCGAGACAUCUAUUGAGGAUCAAAACUCGUGGGCCACUGUUGAGAGCAUCACGAAAAAUCUCCACAGCUUCGUUCAUGCUCAAAGUCACCUUCACCUAUGUGAACAUGGCAGCCACCGCUUUGACAGAUGGUCUUGCCGUCUAUUACUACUUCAUCAGCUCCACCUACGUCGAAGCUGAGGUACCACUACAUUCAUCACUACUGGAAUUGUUACUCAUAUGUUCACAACACCAAGGUCUGUCCUGUGAUGAAAAGAAGUUCUGCACAUGUGGCUGCGAGGGCUACGAUUUCAAGUCCUGCACUGCCUCUGCUCCGUCGACACCAACUUGCCUGAACUGCAAAAGCAAUGACCAUCACACUCUAGCUGCUAAAUGUCCCACACGUAAAGACAUUAUGAAAACAAAACAAAAAAACUCAAGAAUCGGCGCAGAAAAAGUCCUCUUCCAGAUCACCCACCUACGCUGCAAUUGCAAAAUUGCAGGCUGACAACGAAAAUCCUCCAGGCUUCUACUCAACCCUCCACCACCAUCUCACCUGACUGACCCGACUACAGUAAUACUACUACAUGGUCUAUGCACACAUGCACAACGCUGCUGUUCCUGGAACUUUCAACACAGCCAUUAAUGAACUCAAGUUAAACAACUUCCCAGCUUCUCCACCAUCUUCUGUCAUUCUGAACACCAACUCGCAUCCUGUCGUAGUUUCGACACCAGCAAGCCACUUCCAAGCAGCAUGCAGCUCCUCCUCCAAUUUCAAGUGACGUCACUCCAACUCCAACCAAUGAGGGGCCUUCGUUGCCUCCACUCAUCUCAGGAACCAACCAAUCACCACCCUAAUUGCCACCAGCAGCUCCUACCUCCCCUAACGUCGUCCACUCAGCGGUCUCGCCUUCCGCCUCCACCACUGCAACUGUCCAACAAGCGAUUCCGCUUGCCUCUACCCAUGAUGCUCAACCUCCAUGCCACUGUAUAACUGGACUCGCUUUCUACACCACUCGACAUUCUCCAAACGAACUGAUUGCCCGGGAACUCGUCAGCUCUCUCGAGGACGGGACUGCUAAGUUCACCUGUACUGCCACAUACGCUACCACCGUUGAUGAACUAAUCGAUAUCCUUAAGGAUCCUAAGACAAACCCCCAACUUCUUGCUUAAACUACACCGUCUCUCAAGAUCGAAGCUCAACUCUCUCCAAUCGGGGACGAUAAUUUAAGAAGCCACCCGCCAGCCAUUCAUUGUACAGAUCGUCCUGAUGGCUGCCUUCUGGAACUUCCCUGACUCUUCUGCCGCCGCCUUCACCAUCCUCUCCUUGGGAGCCAAGUACCGACGCCCUUCAUCCCUCUCCAGCCAACCUUACAGUACAUCUGUACCACACGCACCAAAGUGGUUGUGCCACUUGUCUUUCUUCCCCUCCUCCCUCCCAUCCUUUUCCAGUAUUUCCACCCCCAUCCUUCUUCCUUCCCAUUUUACGGCAGCUCUGGUCGUCUUCGUUUGAUUCGGUUCGAUAUCACAAUCUACACCUGGAAGAUGCUGGAGAGACUGGUCCCUAAUCUGUACAUAGAAAUCACUCCCUACGGUUGCAAAAGACUUGGCAGGCGAUGCAACUUAUCCCCAAUGAAAAGCAGAGGAACCCUUGGUAUACUAAGAGCAAACACAAUAAGUGUCCGGGGCCCAAGACUGUUCAACAGCCUCCCACCAGCCAUAAGGGAAUUAUCAACAGACCCCUGGUUGUCUUCAAGAGGGAGCUGGACAGAUACCUAAAGUCAGUGCCGAUCAGCCGGGCUGUGGUUCGUACGUUGGACUGCGUGCGGUCAGCAGUAACAGCCUCGUUGAUCAGGCCCUGAUCCACCGAGAGGCCUGGCCGUGGACCGGGCCGCGGGGGCGUUGCUCCCUGGAAUGCCUUCCAGGUAGACCAUUGUGCCCCGUAGCUCAGUCUCGCGCCACCAUCCCCCCCUCCCCGGUGUCUCGGUCUCGCGCCACCAUCCCCCCCUCCCCGGUGGCUCGGUCUCACGCCACCAUCGCAUCCCCCCGUGGCUCGGUCUCAGACCAGCUCUAAAUUUCAAAGGAAGUAUUGUGGGGGAUUACCCAUAGACCCCUGGCUGUCUUCAAGAAGGCUUUGAACAUGCACGUAAAGUCAGUGCCUAACCAGCCGGGCUGUGGUUCGUACAUCGGUUUACGUGUGGCCAUCAGUAACAUCCUGGUUGAUCAGGCCCUGAUCCACCAUGAGGCCUGGUCACAGACCGGGCCGCGGGGGGGGGGGGUUGACCCCCGAAACCCUCUCGAGGUAUCCUCCAGGUACUGAGAGACAGCAAAGUAAAUAUUGAAAGACUGUUAUUAUUAAAUUAGUAUUAUAAUUAGGGGGAGUGCUAAACCCGUAGGUGCCAAAUCGAAUUGGAAACGAGAAUCUGGUCCGAUGCAAGGGGAGGAUAAAUCCAAAUCCUUGAAUCAAGAGCUCCUCACCAGCUGAGAGGUAUUCAGAGGGCAUAGAACUAUUAAGAAAUAAAGGAAAUUAUAGACAAGCGUAUACUGAAUGUAAAGUAAAAGUUUGUAACUUUUAAUAAAACAUCUCGGCUCGCAACUGACAAUCCAGGGUUCGAUUCCCGGCCUGGGGGAGAAUAUGGACAAAUAUCCCUACACAUACUGUCCCCGUUCACCUAGCAGCAAUUGGGUACUUGGGCGUUAGUAGACUGAUGUGGGUGAUGACUUGCACCAGUUGGGUAUGUUUAUUGUUAAAACGUUUCGCCUACACUGCUUCUUCAAACACUAGACACCUGCUGCCUCUAUUUGACUGAAGAAGCCUACUGUGUAGGCGAAACAUUUCAACAAUAUACCCAACUGUUACAAAUGUGUCGGCAUUUUAUAAAUUUUCAAAAUUAUUAAGGUAUAUAGACAGACUGGUUAUAAAUGACCAUAAUUUUUAAAGGGGUGGACCGGUAAGCCAGCGGAAGGCCUCGGUCAGAUGACCAAAAGCUCCAAAGGCGGGUCAUCAUCUGACUAAGACCCGCGUCAGGAAACAUUUGUCCUGUUUCCUGACGAACCUUACCUAACCUAACCUAACAAUUUUCAAUAUAACACGGCUGGUAUGGGUAU